AAUUUAAUUUUGUAUAUAAACUAAUCACUAAUCGAGAAAGCACUUUAACAACAAAUCGCCCAAAGCCGCCGGAAUCUGGCAAAACGUUUCGGAGAUUUCGCUUUCGGCCGUUUUAAUCAAACUGCCUUUACUUACAACAUAUACACAUAUGCGAGUGUAUAAAUAGAUAGAUAAAUGUGGCGGAGAUCAGCUUCCUUCAUCCUCGACCAACGGCAAAACAACGACGUCGCCAAGCCCGAGAGUCGUCUUCUCUCUCCAUUCACGCCUAAUUCGUCCAUGGCCGAGACCCUCCAAAACCCUAACCCUAACCCUAAUAUCUCCGCGUAUUAUCAGACCAGGGCGGCUCACCAUGGCGUUGUCACCAGCGACUGGCUCGCCCAGGCUCAGGCUGCCGUCGGCCGCCACCCCGACGACCGGCCGGCGGAUAAUUCCUCGAAAUCCGACGACUCCGACAAGCCGUUCAGCGUGAUUGACGAGUUCAAUAGCUGGCGGAAGCAGCCCGACCUUGCAGAGGCGGUGGCCGCGAUUAGGGCUUUGGCUGCUGUCAUUCGUUCCAGUGAGGCAACAACGAUGAUGGAGCUCGAGAUUGAGCUCAAAAAGGCUUCGGAUUCUCUCAAAUCAUGGGACACCACCUCCAUCUCUUUGACGGCUGGCUGUGAUCUGUUCAUGCGCUAUGUUACAAGAACUUCAGCUUUGGAGUAUGAAGACUUUGAUUCAGCUAAGUCUCGCCUUAUUGAGCGUGCAGAGAAGUUUGGUGAGAUAUCUUAUAAGGCACGCAGAAUCAUUGCAAUGCUCAGUCAAGAUUUCAUCUUUGAUGGUUGUACCAUUUUGGUACAUGGUUUCUCCAGAGUGGUGUUGGAAGUCUUGAAGACAGCAGCACAAAAUAGGAAACUGUUUCGUGUUUUUUGCACAGAAGGAAGGCCCGACAGGACAGGAUUACGGUUAUCCAAUGAGCUAGCAAAGCUUGAUGUUCCUGUGAAGCUCCUGAUAGACUCUGCUGCAGCAUAUAGCAUGGAUGAAGUUGACAUGGUAUUUUUUGGGGCGGACGGAGUGGUCGAAAGUGGAGGCAUAAUUAACAUGAUGGGAACAUACCAAAUUGCAUUGGUGGCCAAUAGCAUGAAUAAACCGGUUUAUGUGGCUGCUGAAAGCUACAAGUGGCAUACCAUCAGAGUGAGCAUAGGAUGAACGCGGAGCUUCAUUUGUGGAUGAUUUGUUGCCGGUGAAAAAAGUGGAUAACAUGGAAAGAGCAGAGGGUGAACGGUAGAUUUGUAGUACGAAGAGUUACAAAUAGAAAAUGUAGAGAGUACAUUAUUUCUUUCUUUAGUAAUAAUGGGUUGAGCUCGAAAAGUACAAUGUCAAAGUCCCAUCUCACCAUUUGACUCUCCUUUCCAAUGGCCGGACUCCAUCACCCAAGUACUAUGAAGCACGGACACCCUCUCAGGGGUCCUGUUCCAGUGUCGGACACGUGUCCGACACUUCUCUGAAGUGUCCAGAAAUUAUUUUUUAUUGGACACAGGGUGGACACGGCUGGGACACGCGGGGGACGCGUACCGGACACGGCGGGGUAUAUUUUGUAAUUUUUUUUAAGAAAAAUGGGGUACCUAAUGUAAUUUUAGAAGUUUAACUCUUUUGACUCUUUUGUCUGAGAUUCUGAACUUCUACUUUUAUGAAAAGUUAUGAUUCCAUUAUGUUUA